CCGGACCAGUAGGUGGCAGUGUGAGCUAAAGAGCUCGUUUAUUUCGGCAACAUAUCAUGCGGAAGUAAACAGAAAACAGAACGCAAAGAGUUUCGAUGAAGUUUUAGGAAAAGAGAAUAUCUCAGUUUUAAUGUGACAAUGGCCUCAGUCCAAAGUAUGCGACAGUUUGUCUGUGAUCGAUUAACUGCGGCUGCUCAGGAAAUACUGGGAGCCUUUGAAAACAAAAUAGCAGAUUACGAGACAGAAAUCGCUCGUCAACGCAGACUCUUGGAAGUAAUUUUAACGCCCGAGUUAAAGUUACACCGGACAGCACUUCCACAGACAACUGUCCAUAAAGAGGAAGAAGUUUUCCUGAACCAUCAGCAGCACUGUAAUCAGCAGACAAGCUCCAGUCAGAUUCAACCAGAUCGUUCUCGGGUUAAAGAGGAGCACGUGGAAAUGUGCAUUAGUCAGGAGCGACAGCAGCUUGCACAGCAACAGGAGACUGAUGCCUCUAAGUUGGCUCCCGCUUGCGAGGGACGUGUCCACACUGAUCAGUCUCAGGUUUCGGACACCGAUCAACCCCAGACUGCAGCAAAUAAUGAUCCUCGAUCCAGCAUCUCAAACAAAGAGACAUUAUUUGAAUCUGACAGGGAGAGUUCUUCAGUAUCUGCACCGCACAGUGACCAGCACCUCCUCUCUCACAACUCUCGUGUAGCUGAAAGCCAAGAUGCCAUAUCUUCUACUCAUGGUAGUGCAACACCAAAUAGAAAUACUGAGUCAGUACAAAAUGAGAAAAACAGUGGGGAGAACACAGCAUCAGCUACAAAUACUAAGCAAACAUCAGAUAAGAAGAGCAAUGAAGGGGACACAAGUACUGAACCAGCGCAAAAUAAGGAAUGUAACAAUAAGACCACCACAUCAAAUAAAGGCACCCAGCUAACGCUAAAUGAGAAAAGUAACGAUGAGAACCUGACAUCAAAAGGAAAUGGCAAACCAACACCAAAUGAAAAAAGCCAAGAAGACAGACAAACCAAGAAAGACAACGAUAACAACACAACAACAACCAAAAGUAUUGAGCUAAUACCAAAUGAGAAACCCAGUGAUGGGAACACUACAUCAAACAAAAGUACAGACAUAACACCAGAUGAGAAAAGCAUCAAUGAGAACACGGCAUCAACUGAAAGUAUGGACCCAACACCAAAACAGAAACCUAAUGAUGAAAACACGACCGGAACCAGAAAUACUGCAUCAACACAAAAUACAGAUCCAAAAGAAAAACAAAGCAAGACACAAAAGAAACCCAAUGGUGCCACAUCAACUUCAAGUGCUAAACCAUUGCUAAGUAAGAAACAGAAUGAUGAGACAGUAUCAAACACAAGUACUCCGCUAACACCAAAUAUGAAAAGUAAUGGUGAGGAAACAACAACAGCUAAAAGUACUGAACCAACACCAAAUACGAAAAGCCUAGAUGGGAGACCAAAUGAGAAAGGCAAUGAUAACAAAACAUCAACCAGAAGUACGGAAAUAACACCAACCGAAAAAAGCGACAAUGAGAACACACCAAAAGAAAAAGAAGACACAGAACACAAGACACCAAAGGAACCCAGUGAUGGGAAAGCCACAUCAACUUCAGGUACUCAAACACCACUAAGUAAGAAAUGCAAUGAUAAGACAACAUCAAACAGAAGUACAAAGAAAACACCAAGUAAGAAUCUUAGCAGAGAGAACACAACAUCAAGUAAGAGUAAUGAGCAAACCCCUAAUAAGAAACCCAAAGAUGAGAAAACAUCAACCACACACACAGAACCAACACCAGAUAAGAGAUGCAAAAAUAGGAAAAUGUCAAUGUCGACAACAAGUAAGGAGCCAGCACCACGUAAAAAACAAAAGGAUGGUAGCACAACAUCAAAUGGAAGUACUGAUACAACUCCAAAUAAGAGGUGUAAGGAUGACAAUACAACAUCAACAAGAAGUGCAGAGCCGACACAAAAAAAGAAACGUAACAAUGAGAAAUCAACAUCAAAUGGAGGUUCUAACUCAAAACAAAACAGGAAAGAUGGGAACUCAUCAACUGGGAGUAUUGAGGAUGAAGAAAACCCUUACAAGUGUGACCGGUGCGGUAAAGUGAUGUCCAAUUUCAAAAACUACAAAUUUCAUAUGAAAUCUCACACUGUUGAAAAGACUUUCAAAUGCGACACUUGUGGGAUAAUGUUCAGGGAGAGUUGGGAUUUGAACAAACACUUAGUAAUUCACUCAGUUGAGAAACCUUUCAAGUGUGACGUUUGCGGACAUGGAUUCAAUCGUCGUUACAAUCUUGACCUGCAUGUUAGGGUUCACACCGGGGAAAAGCCGUUCAAGUGCAACACCUGUGACAAAAGCUUCACCUCGUGUGUGAAUAUGAAGAGGCACAUGAGAAUUCACACAGGUGAGAAGCCUUACACAUGCAGCGACUGUGGGAAGGAAUUCGCAGAUUCUUCAUCUUUCAAAAAUCAUCAACGAGUUCAUACGGGUGAAAGGCCCUUCAAGUGUCCUCACUGCAAGAAAAAAUUUGCUACCAGGACGACCAUGAAAAGGCACACCAUAACACACACGGGUGAAAGGCCGCAUAAGUGCAGUGUGUGUGACAAGAGGUUUGGUCACAAAUCAGACCUGAAAUUACACAUGAGGAUACACACCGGGGAGAAGCCUUACAAAUGUAGUACUUGCGAACUACAGUUCUCCACCUGGUUAAAACUCCACAGGCACAAGAGAUUCCACACAAGAGAUGAACAAAGCUCCUCUGCUUAAAAACAAGUGCUUUUGACAUAAACUUGUGAUAAAAGUAAAUGAAUUGUGCUAAAGUACAUCUGCUGCAGAAAUUUUAAGCUUUUAAUUUAGCUUUUAAAAAGAGUAUUCCACUGGUUUAGCGUUGAACUCCUACACUUUAAUGUUGUCUGACAGUUUGGUAGAGGGAUUGUUUCAUUAGUGGAAGGUAAUGUCGCCUCUAGCUGCUAACCUUAAGCAGACACCCUCAGAUUUUUUUUUCAUUCUGAACCCUGUGUUUUUUUGGUUGUUCCGUCACAUUCUUGACUGUAAUUAAAAUCUAAUGCUUUGUGUUAGCUGCACAAAUUAGGUUCAACAUACUUUGGACCUGCCAGGUGUUCAGACUUGAGCUGCAUUUAAAAACAGAAGGGGGCAGCAUUGGUGAGGAUUUGUUGCUUCAGGUACCAUCACAAAGAUGAAAUACAAUCCAGGAAGAGCACUUAUUCUCGAUUCAAAUAUUUUUAGACUGCUCUAACAGACAAUAUAUGAAUUCAACCUGUGGUACCAGAUAAAGGGUACAUGCACAUCUAACAGAGAAGGACAACUCAUAGAUCAGUUUACCUCUGAAAAUGUGGAAUGAUGUGGUAAAAAUGAUCAAUUUCAUUAUGACUAAUGGGGAACGUCAACAUUUUUAAACCCUGAAAGAUAAGAACUGGAAUAAAAUCAUUUUUAUAUUCACAAAUCAAACAUGAUUUCUAUCAGGUAAAAUGGAUAUACAGAAUAAACACAAAAGAAAGGCAUAAUGAAUGUAUUUUGUACAGCAUAUGGAUGACAAAGCCAAACAGAAUUUCUAGACUCUACAAACAAUCCCUACUACUAUGUGAAUGGAAAAUGGGAACAAGAAUGUACUUGAAUGUUGUCAGAGGAUUCAUGGGAGACUGUAUGCACAAUCCAGUAGCAAAUAAGCACCUCUGUUAAGUGCGGAGAAUUCUGCUGGAAGAAUGUAAUAUGUUUUUUGUUUUUUUAAAACACCAACUCAGAAAAAUGUGUUUCAGAAGACUCAACUUACUAGAGACAAUGUGGUUUUGUGAAUUUUCUUUUUUCUUUUUUUAUGGGGUGGGGGGUGGGGGUCAUUCCUUUUAUCAGGACAUACAUAAAGUCAGAUGGUGCGUAAAUUACAUUAAGAAUCCAUUUAGGAUUGAUGACAAGUAUUUGUUUAAAAUUUAUGCAAAGGAGAAACUGACCUUUAAAGCUGCAAGUAAGCAGAUUUCAAUCAUACAGGGUUAAACGGAUUAACCUGGCUAUUUUAUAUAUUUUUGAAGGGUGUAAACAAGAGACUAAAUACUUUACUUACCAUUGUCUUCAAAAGGCAAUCAAUGAACAUGAUGUUUUUUGUGCUGCAAGCAAGUUAUCUUUAUACCAGCCUGUUCCCUUCGUGUCUUUACAUGUUUUUUUUAAUACAAUUUGUUUGUAUGUUUUAUUUCUCUCCAUAUUCUUUACUUUCUUCACAGUUUGUGAUUACAUAUUUGCAAAAAUAUAUGAAAGAGUAAAGUGUUAAAAUGGCAUUUGAAAUACUUUUCUAUAAAUAGUGCAGAAAAGCUGCACAGAGAUUUAUGCCCCAGUAACAGUAAAUCUUUCAUUUUGUGAUGUAAACAGUACAUUUGCACAAUUCUCAUUACUUUGGCUUGCAUGUAUUUGACUGCACUGUCCUUUAUGGGAUUAAGUUGCAUUGCAGGAGAACUUGAUGCAGCCAAAUUUUUUGCUGACUCAAAAUGAAUUCUUUAUAUUACUGUGGUAAUUCAGGGAGGUUUCAGUCAAAGCUAAUGCUCAAGUUGUUGUUGGUAAAUGUUUUUUAGUGUCUGGUAUUUAUCAAAAAUCUUCAGGGUAGGAAUCCCCCUCCAAGGGUGAUCUGCCUGCUUCUCAGAUGUGGAGGAAUGUGAUGCCUGUGUCCAGAGGCAGACAAUCUUGAAUCUCAUUUUCUGAAGCAUUUAUCUGUAGAAUAAAGACUGUUUUACAGAGAAAUAGUCAGAAACCUGUUAAUAUUUUUUAAACACAGACUUAGAUUUUCAUAAAGCAUUGAGAAAUCUUUCCUGACAAUUGUUUUUAUACAGGAAAUUGUUGGAAAUUGUUAAACUGCACCUUUGUUAUGUAAGUGCCUUAACUCCUCAACUUGUGACUUUGUUUUGAAAUAAAUUCUGUCCUAAUUUGUUGAAAAUGUCUGCAGUCCAAUGUCUGAGACAGUUAAUCAACAAGUGACUAGUUAAAUACUGCAAGACCUAUUUUAUAGUAUACUUCAUAAAGAUACACAGCGACCUUGAUAUAAAGGUGUAUAUGUGGAGAUGCCUUAUAAAUGCCUCAGAUGCAGGAAAGGAUUCACACUCAGCACCAGGUUGAAAAAGCACAUCAGAACCCACAUAGGUGAAAAGCCAUAUAUUUUAAGCAUAAUAACUAGUUAAGAAACUGACUAUAAAACACACAAGAGACCAGCUGAGAGGUUCUGUGGAGAAGGGUCCAUAAACAGCACAAAAUGGAAGUCAUAAGUGUUUAUUCAGAUGUCUCACUGAGUGGCUGAGUUCCAAACAGAUGCCUAAGUUACUGAUAGAGGAAAACUUUUUCAGCAGCAUUGACUCACAAAUGGUCCCAUUCUGCCAUCAUGUGGCUCUUUAAAUACUUUCACCAUUUAAUGGUUAUAUUUUGAGCAGGUUAUAUUUGUGUAAAAUGUUAAUCAUGUCUACUCUGCAAUGUUUCUGCUGCUGUAUUUUCAUUUGUAUUUAUUCUGAAUUAAAUUCUUGUAGUGGUUGAA